CUGGCGAACACGAUCAUUGCCUAUUUGAAAGAAAAAACUUACCGAGAUUGGUACUAUUGUAAAAUGACCGAAGGUUAUUCGCAGACACUUGCAUUUUGUAUAUAAACCGAGGGUAAAAGGGUAAUUGUAUCAGUUAGCUUCCGUGACUUGAGCAAACUCUCAACAUGAACUCCUUGAUCGUUCUCGCUAUCGUUGCAUUCGCAGCAACCGCAUCUGCCUCUGUCCACGGACUCGGUCUUGGUCUUGGACUUGGAUAUGGAUAUAGACACGGUGCUUUCGUCCACCCUCAUGCCCUUAGUCCAGUCGGUCCAUCUGGAGUUGUCACUGGAGCAGGUGCCGCUGGACCAUCCGGAGUUGUAACUGGUGCUGGUGCCGUUGGACCCGCCGGUGUAGUUAACGGACAUGGUGCAGUAGGACCAACUGGACCUAAUGGACAUGGAGCUGCUUGGGCUGCACCAUUGGCUGUGGGAUUAGGACAUGCUGGUGCUGGUUGGGGACUCGGCGGAUGGGGACAUGGUUUGGGAGCCGGUGCUGGUCAUUGGGGCCUCCAUGGUUAAAUAACCGGACUGUUUUUUCUAGAAAAUGACUUGUUUUUUCCAACUGAACUGAUGUAUCUUUUUUUAUAAAAAAUAAACGUUGUACAUACAUA